AUGGCUCCCAUCAAGGUCGGCAUCAACGGUUUCGGUCGUAUCGGCCGUAUCGUCUUCCGCAACGCCGUCGAGCACCCCGAUAUCGAGGUUGUUGCUGUCAACGAUCCUUUCAUUGAGCCUCACUACGCCGUCUACAUGCUCAAGUACGACUCUUCCCACGGCAUCUUCAAGGGUGAGGUCGGUAACGAUGGCAACGACCUUGUCGUCAACGGCAAGACUGUCAAGUUCUACUCUGAGCGCGACCCCGCCAACAUUAAGUGGUCCGAGACCGGCGCCGACUACGUCGUCGAGUCUACUGGUGUCUUCACCACCAUUGACAAGGCCAAGGCCCAUCUUACUGGCGGUGCCAAGAAGGUCAUCAUCUCUGCCCCUUCUGCCGAUGCUCCCAUGUACGUCGUCGGUGUCAACGAGAACAAGUACGAUGGCUCUGCCGACAUCAUCUCCAACGCCUCUUGCACCACCAACUGCCUGGCUCCCCUCGCCAAGGUUAUCAACGACAAGUUUGGUAUCGUUGAGGGUCUCAUGACCACCGUCCACUCCUACACUGCUACCCAGAAGACCGUCGAUGGUCCCUCCGCCAAGGACUGGCGAGGUGGCCGUGGCGCUGCCCAGAACAUCAUCCCCUCCAGCACUGGUGCCGCCAAGGCUGUCGGCAAGGUCAUUCCUGAGCUCAACGGCAAGCUCACUGGCAUGUCCAUGCGUGUCCCCACCGCCAACGUUUCCGUUGUCGAUCUUACUGUCCGUCUCGAGAAGGGUGCUUCUUACGACCAGAUCAAGAAGGUCAUCAAGGAGGCCUCUGAGGGUGACCUCAAGGGCGUCCUGGCCUACACUGAGGACGAUGUUGUCUCCUCCGAUCUCAACGGCAACACCAACUCCUCCAUCUUCGAUGCCAAGGCCGGUAUCUCUCUCAACGACAACUUCGUCAAGCUGGUCUCCUGGUACGACAACGAGUGGGGUUACUCCCGCCGUGUCCUCGACCUCCUGGCCCACGUUGCCAAGGUCGAUGCCUCCAAGUAA